AUGCAGUACAAGUCAAUCGCUUUGUUGGCCGCCUCCUUGGCAUUGGUCUCAGCCGACGGAUGGGAAGACAAGACCUCGCAGCCCGUCGAGGGCGGUGUGUCUACUCCCACCGACAAGCCGAGCCCACCUACCGACAAGCCGGUCGAGGGUGGCGAGGGUCCCACCAAGCCAGCUCCUCCCGCGGAGACCACGACCACCAGCGCCUACACCUGGGCGGAUUACACCUCGUCCACCUCCCCAGUAGCUGACGCGACCACUUCAACCACGACCAGCGCCUACACCUGGGCGGAUUACACCUCGUCCACCUCGCCAGUAGCUGACGCGACCACCUCCUCUACCACUACCGCCUACACCUGGGCCGAUUACACUUCCUCCACCUCCCCCGUGGCUGAUGCAACGACGUCAACCACCACUACCGGCGUUUAUUACUGGGGCGACUACACUUCCUCCUCCACCAGCCCAGUCGCUGAUGCGACCACCACAACAACGACCGGCUACACCUGGGCCGACUACACAAGCUCUACCACCAGCCCGGUUGCUGAUGCGACCACUUCGACCACUACCUCAGCUUACUACUGGGGCGAUGAGUCCAGCGUCCCAGUCGAGGGUGGCGAGACCUCCACCACGACCACUACCACUCACUGGGCCGACUACGUACCCAGCCCCUCCCCAACUCCCGAGACGCCAGUUCUGGGUGGUGAGGGCGCUGGCCCUGACUGUGGUGUCGUCACUGUCACCAAGACCAACACUGUAUACUGGACUGGCGAACCUACCGUACCCACAUCUGCUCCUCCGGCGCCACCUGCUGAGGAGACUCACUGGAGCGAUGCCCCAGCCCCACCUGCGCCGUCCGCACCUGCUGCUGCUCCAGCUCCCCCAGCUGGUGACGAUGGUGGUUCAGACUACAUGGCCAUCGCCAACAAGUACUUGGCUCUUGCAGGCGUCCGCCCACUCGAUUUCGAUGCCAAGCUUCAGGCCAAUGCCGUCGAUGCCGCGAACUCCGCUCAAGGCACGCUCACUCACAAGCUCAACCCUGGCUCUUUCGGUCAGGUCCUCGCACCUGGUAGUCCUGACAUGGAGUCGUUCGAGCAUGUCUUCGUCGGCGGGUGGUUGUGCGAAGUCAGCCAGCCAGGAAGCGUGGACUGUGGCGAGCAGACCAUCGGCUGGAACCACGCUGGUCAGACCGGCCACGCCGACAUUCUCAUGAGCAGCAAGUACACCAAGAUGGGAUGCGGCUGCGAGGACGGCAUCUGGGCUUGCGAUGUUGCAUAA